UCAUAUCAUGCUGUGAUCAUACAGUGUAAAUGUUCUGUGUAAAUUCUUUUUUCCCCAUUCCAGUGGAUGUUUCCUCUUAAACGCAGGUCUGGGACACAUUUAAAACCAAUGCCAAGUUCCUACUAACCCACAGCAGGUACAAGAGUCUGUUAGAAGCUGUCUGAGAAGAAGGACUCCUACAUUCUGUUUUUAUCUCUGACGUCAUCAUCAUGAGAUUGUCUCCAGUUUCACAACAUCUGCUGGUGUUCAUAUCAGUCCUGUCACUCAGCAUUACAACAGCAACUGCAUGGACAGCUCCAGAAAUAUUCUACCCAUUCGGCUCAGCAGCUGGAGACACAAACAAUGCUGCUGUUGAUGAUGGAAGCUCCUCUGUUAUUCAGCUGUUGAGUCCAUUUUCAUUCUUUGGCCGCAAAUACCAGCAGAUUUAUGUUAAUAAUAAUGGAUACCUCACAUUCAACCAGUCUUCAUCACAAUUUGUCCCCUACUCAUUCCCCGCUAGAGGAAGCCAAGAUAUAAUUGCUGGUCUCUGGACUGAUCUUGAUAACCGUCUGAGAGGUGUAGUUUCAUAUCAUCAGUACACCAGUGGAAAUGUUCUCACACGGGCCACUCAGGAUAUAAACACACAUUUCCCAAAUCUGAACUUCACCGCUUCUUGGGUCUUUGUUGCAACUUGGGAUAAAGUCGCUUACUUCAGCUUAACCAACACAGAAACAUCGUUUCAAGUGGUUUUAAUUUCAGGCCGUAAUUUUUCAUUUAUUCUGAUGAAUUAUGGUGACAUUGCUGUAACAGGACAUCCAGUGCAGGCUGGUUAUGACACGAUAAACUCCACAGACUACUUUGUGAUUCCUGGAUCAAUCAAUGGCAGCUUCGUCUCAAACCUCAGGAACUCCAGUAAUGUUAAUGUUCCCGGUCGAUGGGUCUUCAGGGUGGACAGUGGACCAGGAAACAGCAUCUUGAAAACCAGGGCACAAUCAACAACUGCACAAACAAUAUUUCCAUUAAUAACAACACAUUCUACACCCGAGACAACAACAACAACAACAUCUGCACCAAUAUCAACAACAAUACCUGCAACAACAUCUUCAGUGACAACAGCACCUACAACAACAUUUGCACCAAUAGCAUCUCCAUUAACAACAUCUGUAUCAACAACACUAGCAGCCCUCCUCUAUGAUCCCUGCUAUAACUACACUGUGCUGGAUGAUUUACGGAGAGCCACCGACAAUCAAUUACAAUCAUCAUAUUACGGUCAAUAUACCUCUAAAUUACUGUGUGACACUUAUGUCAACUGGGUCGGCUGGUAUCGUCUCUUCAUUCAGGGUCAGAGUGUUCAGAUGCCUGACACAUGUGUUGAUCAGUUAAGCUGUGGAACUCAUGCCCCACUGUGGCUGAACGGUCAACACCCAAGAAUUGAGGAUGGGGUGGUGACCCGAAGUGUCUGCGGUCACUGGUCGAAUAACUGCUGUUAUUUCCAGUCGAAUCCCAUUAAAGUGAAAGCCUGCCCAGGAGGGUAUUAUGUCUAUGAGUUUGUCAGGCCAGUUAACUGCUUUUUGGCAUACUGUGCAGCACCAGCAAUAUUUUACCCAUUCGGCUCAGCAGCAGGAGACACAAACAAUACUGCUGUUGAAGAUGGAAGCUCCUCAGUUAUUCAGCUGUUGAGUCCAUUUCUGUUCUUUGGCCGCACUUACCAGCAGAUUUAUGUGAAUAAUAAUGGAUACCUCACAUUUAACCAAGCUUCAAAUGAAUAUGUCCCCUACUCAUUCCCCGCUAGCAGAAGCCAAGAUGUAAUUGCUGGUCUCUGGACUGAUCUUGACAACCGUCAGAGAGGUGUAGUUUCAUAUCAUCAGUACACCAGUGGAAAUGUUCUCACACGUGCCACUCGGGAUAUAAACACACAUUUCCCAAAUCUGUACUUCACUGCCUCUUGGGUGUUUGUUGCAACGUGGAAUAAAGUCGCUUACUAUGCUUUGACCAGUACAGAAACUUCGUUUCAAGUGGUUUUAAUUUCAGGCCAUAAUGUUUCAUUUAUUCUGAUGAAUUAUGGUGACAUUGCUGUAACAGGACAUCCAGUGCAGGCUGGUUAUGACACGAUAAACUCCACACACUACUUUGUGAUUCCUGGAUCAAUCAAUGGCAGCUUCGUCUCAAACCUCAGGAACUCCAGUAAUGUUAAUGUUCCCGGUCAGUGGGUCUUCAGGGUGGACGGUGGAUCAAAUUCAAACAAAGAGUACAUCACUGGACUUCAAGUAAAACUUUCAUCAUUUUCUGACCUAUCAGAUACUGGAAACAUUCAGAUCGUUUUACAGCAAAUAAAACAGGAGCUGGUCAAGUACGGUCUGCAAAACAGCAUCGAGCUGAAAUUAAGAAAACUGCAAAAGAUAAAGCCGUAAAAAAUAUCAAUCUGCUUCUGGAAAAGAAAUAAAGCAGUUCAGUUCACUUAGCACCUGACAGCAAAUAUCUAACUGAUCAUCUAACUGAAGACUGAGAUUAAUG